AUGUACCAACCAACUUUAUUUUCGCAUUCCCGUGUCAGUACCAGUGAAGUUCCCUCUUCUCCAACCCAAAGCAUCAAGAAUCUGGAGUUCGUGUCUCCCUCAGCAACCAACACAGACGAAGGAGAAGAUCUUGAUUCUCUUUCCUCCCCUGACGAUAGCGAAGACGACGAUUCGGAUUCUUCUUCUCCCACCGUGAGCCAAAUGUGGCAAUCGACGGUGUUCGUGCGGCCCAAUCCCAGCGACGGGCCGCUCUCCAACGCAGACGGCGACGCGAUCUCGUCCGAUCGAAUGCUCGAACUCGCGAAGUUCAGCCAGCAGCAAGUCCAGAAAAGGGAGAAGAAACGACUCAAGAAGCGACUGGUUCCGCACAGCGCGCCGUCCUUCACGCCCAACCGACUGCCUCGCAACCGGACGACCGCGGGAUUCCCUUCGAUUUUGCAAGUGCGAGGCGCGUUCUCGACGCGGCAGCGAAGCAGCGUGGCGGUGUAUUGGGGCAAUCAAUACACACACCCCGUGGCGUGGAAGCGAAAACUCCGAUAUAUGGAGUGCUUGAUGAACGUGAACGUGACGUACAAUCGUCUCCCCGAUAAUCACACGCUGGUCGUUCUAACAGCCGGAGGCUAUGGUGUUUCGAAGAAGUUGAAGUACUCGCUGCGUGUGUUGUCUCUGUAUAAGAGACAGUUCAAUAUUCAGGUCGUGAUCUUCACGAAGUCGCGAGAUAUAACGGAGUUUGCGAGGCAGUUUGGGAUUGAUGUGCUUCCAGAGGCGAAAACGAACGAAUAUGGAUUGCCUUUCAUUAAUUCGAUGCUCGUUACCGCUCGAACUGUCUAUUCGGUGAAGCAGAUCGUUUACAUCAACGCGGACAUCAUCAUCAAUCCAGGCACUUUUUCGGUCGCUGCCUUUUUUGAUGAGUAUUUCGAGAAUCAAAAAUAUGUUAUGGUCGGAACCGUCAUGAACGUGAAAACAUUACCGAAGAAUAUGAACACGAAAUACUUCUCGUCCUAUCGAAAGCAUUUCUCCCAGCUGAAAGGGACGCUGCGCGAUGCGUCGGCGAUCGACGUUUUUGUGUUUCCUUCUACGUUUCCCUUCGAGAAAAUGUGGAAAGUGGUCGUGGGUCGGUGGUAUGUGGACAGCGCGAUUCUGGUGUAUGCUCAUGCUCGCUCGUUUGAUGUCGUCGACAUUACCUCUCUAGCGUCGAUUCAUCAGGGAUUUGAUAGUUCUAUGAACCAUAUGGGGAAGGUGCCUCGAAAGGAUUUCUUUUGGAAUGCUGCUCAUAUCAAUUCGCACCUGGGUAACACUCAAGGACGGAUCACGAGUAACUAUUUUAUUCGUUGGGUUGUUUUGUGA